AUGACAGCUGGGGAAGGGUUGCAUACUGCUUUGAAAUGCUCCUGUUUAGCAUUUCUGGUAAUCCAUUCCAGAGAGCAUUGUUUGACGGUCAUCCUGUGCGAUGCAGAUCAGCAGGAUUCCUCCGAUUUGGAGUUUUGGCGUAGUGAAAGCUGGGUACAACUCUGGAGUGGUCAGCCCUUGAAUUUGCCGCCUCCUGGCAGUGCUGCUGACUUGGUGCGCCGUGCUUUGCUGCCUGGCUCCAAAGUCGACUUCCCACAGAUCACUGAGAUUUGUGAUCUUGUUGGAGGCAGCUUUCCGCAGGAAGGUCCAGAGGCAAUCAAAGUUCUUGUGACGGCAAUGCGGGACAAGGAGAGUUUGCGCUUGCAGGACGUUCCAUUUCGAAAGAAGCUGAAGGCAUUGACCAUCACAAACGAUUCUUGGCAGAUCAGUAUCUACAGCACCACCAAGAAUCGUUGGUUUCUUUGUCACAAAGAGUUUUUGAGUAGCAAGAUCUUCAUUUGCUGGGCAAGUGCCAAAAAGGUGCCAGGAAGGCCCCAGCAUGCUGCAAAAAUCAAAUCACUUCGAAAUCAUUUCACUUGA